CCACUCCAAAAGCCCAAAACCCUUUCCACUCAUCUUCACCUCCAGCUUCACCGUUCAUGUGAGCUCCAAAACUGCUCUUUUCAAAUGACAGCUUCCAAAGCCAAAACCCUUUCCUCUCUCUUUAAAACUGUCGUUAAAAAGGCCACUAAGAAGUCCUCCUUACCUGCCGGUGACAGAACUGUAAAACAUUUCGUCUUCUCGCUGGAAACAUCGUCAUCUUCACCACCACCACCAUCAUCAUCCACUUCCUUCACAAAACGUUCACCUAAACCUACCAAGAAACCAGCCCCUCAUGGUAUCCUCAGCAGCCGGUUGCUUGGCCCAGCUUCAACUUCUAAGGAUUCAAUGGAGAAUUUGUCAGAGGAGAUAUCUUCUAUAUUAUGUGUUGGUGCUUCUGACAGUUCAUGGGACUCAGAAGAAACGACCAACAAUAGGAGUUCUUUAGGGAGAGUAUUGUCCAUACCAUGGCUUUCAAACUUGUCUAACAAUAACAUAUUACCUAAGCAGAAAGAAGUUUCACGUGAAAGGAAACAGAAAUGGGUUUUCAAGAAAACCCAGGUUAAUCGAUUUAACCGGUUAAUAAAGAUGUGUGGAGAUAAACUGGGUACAAAAGCUACUAUGGAGGUUUUUGAUAAAUUGGGAAGAGAAACUGGUUUGAAAGAGUACAAUGCGUUAAUAGCAGUUUGCUUGGAGAAGGCUAGGACCAGUGAUGAUGAAGAUAGUGCUUUGGAACAUAUCUCUGAGGCUUUUAGAACUUUUAAGAAAAUGAGGGAACGGGGAUUUCAGGUAGAGGAGGGAACUUAUGGUCCAUUCCUUAGGUAUUUUAUUGACAUGGGUAUGGUAGACGAGUUCCACUUUUUCUGUGGACCUAUCAAAGAAGGGAAUCCAAGUUCUCUUUCAAGGUUAGGUUACUAUGAGAUGCUGUUGUGGAUUAGAGUCAACAAUGAAGAAAAGAUUCAAGAACUUUGUAAUUAUAUUGCAGCUGACAAUGGGGAAGAUGAUUUUAAAUUAAAAGAAAAUUAUUUGUUAGCACUUUGUGUAACUGGAAGGAAAAAGGACCUCAUUCAACUGUUAGAAGUUAUUGAUGUAACAAGAAUUUCAUCUGUAAACCAAGUUGAAAAGAUAUUCCAAUCAUUGGGGAGGCUUUCAUUAGAAUCAUUCACUGAGAAAUUCCUUUUGGCAUUCAAAAGAUGUGGCUAUGGAAUGGAUGAAAUCUCGAGGCUCAUCUUUAGUUAUGCUAGUGGCAUUCCUAAUUUAGCGGUUGAGGAUUUUUUUCUGAAAUUCGAAAGCUUGCACAUGAAAUUCAAGAUAACACCUUCAUUGGCAUCAUAUGAGAAGCUCAUUACCUAUUGCUGUGAUUUAUGCAAGGUACAGGCAGAUUCUGUGCAUUUAGCUCUUGACAUAGUUGAACAGAUGUGUGAAGAGGGUUUGAACUUGUCUAUGGAGACACUACAUGGCUUAUUGCAUGCUAGCGAGGAGAGUUAUGAGUAUAAUUUGGUUUGGAGAAUUUAUUCUCUGAUUUGCCACCAUAAUUUGAAACCAAACAAUGAGACCUUCAGGAGUAUGAUAAGUUUGUGUGUGAAAAUGAAAGAUUUUGGCGGUGCAUAUGCAAUGCUCAAUGACUUGAAGAAAUUGAAUGUGACACCUACAGCUAGUAUUUAUAAUACUAUAAUGGCUGGAUAUUUUCGAGAGAAAAACAUUAGUGGUGCAUUGAUGGUACUCAAGCAAAUGGAAUGUGAAGAUGUAAAACCAGAUUCUCAAACUUUCAGCUAUCUAAUAGGCAACUGCAAUUGUGAAGAGGAUAUUACAAAGUACCGUGAAGAAAUGAAGCGUGCUGGAAUUCAAGUCACGAAGCAUAUUUUUAUGGCACUUAUAAAUGCAUAUACAACUUGUGGGCAAUUUGAGAAGGCAAAAGAGGUACUCUUAGACAAAGGGAUACCUGUUAAGAGCCUAAAUGAAAUCAAAAGUGUGCUUGUGUCUGCUUUUGCAUCAAGUGGGAAGAUGCCUGAUGCAUUAAACAUUUACAAAGAAAUCAAGCAAAAUGGGGGAUCUUUGGAGCCUAAAGCUGUUAUAUCUCUCAUUGAACAUUUUACAUCUGAGGGAGAGUUGAGCAUAUUACUUCAACUACCGGAGGAAUUACAUGAUCCAGACUAUUGGGUUGAUGGCUGUUGCAGAAUAAUCUUGCAUUGUGUUAGAAAUAAGCAGUUAAGAUCUGCAGUUGAUUUACUCAAGCAGCUCAAGGAUAAGUUCCACAACGAUGAUUUGGCUAUGGAAGUUAUCUUUGAUGAGGUAUUCUCCGUGAUCGCAGCGAGCAAACCUAAAGGUUUACAGAUUGGCCUGGCUUUGCUUCAAGCCAUAAAGGAUGAACUAGGCCUUACCCCUUCUCGGAAAAGUCUUGACUUUCUCCUUUCUGCUUGUGUAAACGCGAAAGAUUUGCAAAACUCUCUUUUGAUUUGGAACGAAUACAAGGCAGCUGGCUUGCCUGGCAAUGUUUUAACAUUCUUAAGGAUGUAUCAAGCCCUUCUGGCUUCAGGAGAUCCCAAGUCUGCAAAGAGUAUGCUAGCUAAAAUUCCGACUGAUGAUCCGCAUGUUCGAUGUGUUAUCAAGGCAUGUCAAACAACUUAUGUUAAGAUGAAGAAGCAGCAGCGGCAGAACAGGAAUGAAACUUGAAAUACUAACAUGAAAUAGAGACUGAGAGUGAUGAACCAUUUAUUAAAGGGCAUUGCAUUCUAAUUAAAUCAUUGAUUAAUGCCAUGGACGCACAUAUAAUUAUUAAGGUAUUACCAACAAAUUGAGCAAUGAAAUCCUUGCUGCUGCUGAAGCAUGAAAAUGAGGGAAUCAAUGGUUCUAUUUUAUUUUAUGUUCUCAUUUCCGAAAUUUGCAACCUUUCAAAAGGAAGUGGCAACAAGAAUGGCUCGCCUGCAUCGACCCUUCGCCUGCUAGAGUCUUACGCUCAAAGUCUCUUCCUUAACUGCAGCCUUCACCAUAGCCAAAUCCAUUUCCUUCGACCUCAACUCGAAACAACUCAGUCACCAUUCUCUCUUCCACUUUCCUUUCAUCUCUCAACACUUCUGCGUCUUCUCUUGCUCUUUCCGCAACGAUUUUCCCUGCCUUAGCUAACAGUUCAGUGGAACCAAAUUCUCAUCCCAUCAACCCCUCCAACUUCUCCAAGAAAUCCAUUAUCACAUACCCUUUUGGCUUCUCUAAGUUUAUCUCCUUUGUUCCCUUCCAACCAACUUCAAAAUUUGGUGGUUCUGACUUUGUACUGCCUGGUUUUGGUUUCUUUUCUCGGAUUAUUUCUGAUCUUCGUUUUUAAAUGGGGAAACUCUCUGGACUCAUGGUUGUUUCAUGGGAGAUUGGAGAUGGAAAACCUGGCUGACCAGGAGUUGGAUUUGAGUUUGGAGAAGCGCAUUUGAUAGUGAAAUGAAGUGUUUUUUACGGGUUGUGGAUUGACUGGUUUGAUACAUGAAGAAGGCUUGGGAGAGAAAGGAAGUGAAGUAAAGUGGAAGCCAUGGCUGAUUUGGAAACUAAUGUAAACUGUUGAACUAUGAAGAUAAGACUAUACCAAUUGCUGCUA